AUGCUGACUGGAUCCGAAGGAGCUAGUUUAACACAGUGUACAAAAUAUGGUGAUCCACCAGUGCAAUCUAGUGGGUCGAGGCUUAAUUACAAUAAGAUGGUUCAAGUUUGUAAAAAACUAUCGGGCCAACGACUUACUUUCACAGAUAGCAAUAAUGAAGCACGUUGUGCUUGUCUCCUGAUUACAUCCUCAUCAAAAGCAUUGCCUCUAGUCGUCUGGCUUCAACCAUCGGUUGUUUACCCAACGUCAGUAUAUAAUACGAAUUUCAUAGUCGAAGCAUCUACUGCCAAAUUGACGGGUAAGGCUAGUGGUCCAUCUGGCUAUCAUUUACUUCUACCAGCCGCUAGAAUCACGAAAAAUUUUGAAUGUAGUGCCGUUAGUUGUAUUGCUUGGGAUACUUGGUACCGAAACUUUAACCGAUCUGAUCUCAAGAUGAAUGUCGAUGUUCGGACAAUAGAUUAUUUCAUUAAUCAUGUAGUCUAUCAUAUGCCCAAUGUACAUGUUGAUUCUUCUCGUGUUUUUCUAUCUGGUUGGAGCAAUGGGGCCUCCAUGGCGUUGCUAUAUGCACUCAAUGCGCCCAACAUUGCUGCUGCGGCCACAUAUUCUUCAACAAAUCCUUAUCAAAAUGACAAUGAUCCAUGCCCACAAACACCUUAUCCAUCACAACGUACAUCAGUACUUGAUUUGGUCAACGAAUGUGAUUCUGCUGGUAUUUGUUUAGGCGGCCAAAAAUUCAUUGCUGAUUUGAACAAUCGCUAUGGAAAUCAGCUAACAGCUAAAUUUAUCACAAUUACCGGGUAUUAUCAACCUAAGCCAACACCGACACCGAAGUGUGUUACUUGUUCAGAAUGGCAAGGUUUGUUUUAUCAUGGACGAUGGCCAGUGAACCUUAAUGAUCAAAUAUUCUAUGCCUUCUUUCGAAACUAUACAUCACAUUGA